AUGAAUCUCAACUCAACCGAUGUAGACUUAAUUCGAAAUGUGCAGAAAUGGGAUCACAUUUUUGUCGUCAUUGGGUAUAUUAUCAAUCCGUUGGGUGUCAUCUUCAACAGUCUCCUAAUCUACCUCAUUUCUGCCAAGACACCAAAAUUGCUCCAAAGUUAUUCGAUGCUCAUUCUCAACUUUGCUCUAGUUGACUUCUUCAGCUCUUUAGCUGGAAUGCUGGCGCUGCAAAAAACAGUCUUCUCGGGUUGGUCACUCACAUACAUAUUUCAUGACGCGUGUGGACACGUCUCCUCGUAUUUCUGCUAUUUUCUUCAUGUUUUUGUUUGUCAUUGCUUCGCACACUCGCAGUGGAUAUUGAUGAUCUCAUUCCUCUACCGCUACUACAUCCUCUACCAAAUCAGUCCAGAGCCUGUCAAAAUCGUGCGUCUCUGUGUGAUCGCCUACAUUCCCUCCCUUGUUUUUGUCAUUGUCUAUUUAUCGGACGUGGCAAAUGAGGACGAGUUGAGAAGAGUAGUAUUCUCGUAUCAUAAGCAUUAUUUCAAGGAGUUAUGGGGAGAAGUGGUGAUAGCGGGCAACAUGAGUAUCUGGUCGUUCUCCACGUUUUCCUCCAUCAUCUACAUGACAAUUCCCUGCUUUCCAAUCUACGCCGUCAUCGUCUACUUUCGAUAUCGAACCCUGAAGAUUCUGGAUGGUCGUGGGCGGAUGACAAUGUCUGAAACCACACGGACAUCCCACAAACAGUUGAUUAAAGCACUCACUAUCCAGGCGGUCGUCCCGAUUUUCUGGUUGACAGCUUCUACUCUCUAUUUGCUACUUUUGUUCCAAGUGAUUGGAGGAGUUAUCGUAGAGAAUUUGCCAUUUCGGAUAAUGGAGUGUAUGCCGAUGAUCACUCCGCUGAUUUCAUUGUAUUUUGUGAGACCCUAUAGGUGA